CUCUAGUGGCCAGAGAGCUUGAGGCUUCUCUCGGAGCAGGGGCUUUGUAAUGGCAUAGUCUUGGGUUCUGCUACAGACUUGUCUCGGUGCGCUGAUAUGGGGAAGUGGAAAAAGCUGAACCGAUCGUGUGUAGCUGUUUCGCCUUUAUCGUCUGAUGGCUUUCCUUUGCAUUUCUGAAUUAUAUGAAUAAAUGGGUCCAGUAAUUGGAAUGACUCCAGAUAAGAGAGCUGAGACCCCUGGAGCUGAGAAGGUUGCAGGACUGAGUCAGAUUUACAAAAUGGGAAGCUUGCCUGAAGCUGGCGAUGCUGCUAGGCCAAAGGCCACAUUGGUGGGCAGUGACUCGGCAGAUGAUGAGCUAACAAACUUGAACUGGCUCCAUGAGAGUAGUAAUCUGCUCACAAACCUCAGGCUUGGGAGUGAAGGUCUUCCAAUGGUUAGCCCAUUGUAUGACAUAGAGGGAGAUGAUAUGCCGUCCUUUGGACCAUCAUGCUACCAGAACCCAGAAAAAAAAUCCGCAACUUCAAAGCCCCCCUACUCCUUUAGUCUUCUCAUUUAUAUGGCAAUUGAACACUCUCCAAAUAAGUGUUUGCCUGUCAAAGAAAUUUAUAGCUGGAUUCUGGAUCGGUUCCCAUACUUCGCCACCGCACCUACAGGCUGGAAGAAUUCUGUUCGGCAUAAUCUAUCCCUGAAUAAAUGUUUCCAGAAAGUGGAAAGAAGCCAUGGCAAGGUUAAUGGAAAAGGCUCCUUAUGGUGUGUUGAUCCAGAAUAUAAGCCCAACCUCAUGCAGGCCUUGAAGAAGCAACCUUUUUCCUCUCCACAAAGUGGCUCUUUAUCACCUCACUACUGCAGCUCUGUUCUCAAGCAAAGUCAAGUGCAAACUCUUAAAGAAUCUGAUAUUGACGCUGCCACCGCAAUGAUACUUUUAAAUACUUCAAUAGAACAAGAGAUUUUAGAAUGUGAGAAGCCUCUGUCUCUUAAGACAUCCCUGCAGAAGAAGAGGAGUUACGGCAGUGCUUUCAGUGACCCCAGUGCUGUGCGAUUACAGGAGAGCCAUUCCCCAGCCUCCAGCGUUGAUCCAAAAGCAGACCACAACUACAGUGCCAGCAGCAUCGCGGCCCAGCGCUGCGCGUCCAGGGCUAGCGUGUCUUCCCUGUCUUCUGUGGAUGAAGUGUAUGAGUUCAUCCCAAAGAGUAGCCACUCGGGGAGUGACGGCAGUGAGGGCUUCCACAGCGAGGAAGACACAGACGCCGAAGACGAGGAGGACCCUCUGGGAGACAGUGGCUAUGCACCACAAGCUCAUGGUGACAGCACUCGCAGAGGACAGCCAGGCAAGAAGAGUCGGAAACAGCCGUGUCAGGAAAUUGAUGACGAGCUCAAAGAAGCAGCUGGUUCGCUGCUCCACCUCGCUGGAAUCCGUACCUGCCUUGGCUCCCUAAUAAGUACUGCAAAGGCACAAAAUCAAAAACACCGAAAAAAGUAGAAACCCUUAUUAAUGUCAAGUUAUUUAAAGUGUGGCAAUACUCUUCUACUUAGCUCUUUACAAGGGAUGUCAGAGCCAUAACAGACCUCUUUAGCUUGAGGGUGGGGGAGGGGUGCCACUUGUUUCUUUCCAAAUAUUUCUUGGUUGCUUUUCUUGUAUUUGUUUAAUUAAACAGUUAUUCUUAGGAUCAUGCCUACUUGUAAAUCUGACAUAAAGGCCCCCACAACAUAAUUUCUGUGAAUAAGUGUCUCCCAGAUUUGGAAAUUUUUUUAUAGGAAAAUUCUCAGCCUCUGUCUUAAACUUGUAGGCGGGGAAAAACAAAAACAGAAAACUUUUGUUAAUCAGUAAAAAAAUUGGUAACUCAGUAUCUUCAAUUUUCUUCCCAUCCUGUAGUUAACUGUAGUUACUCAUGUGGCUAAGCAUAUGCUGGCAUCUUUGUCUCAUGGGCUUCUCUCCUGACACAAUCCAGAAGGGUGAAAUGGGGUUCUUUUGUCUUAUACUUGUUUUAAGUUAUUCUUUGUUGCAGCAUGAGCAUGGCCCUGUAUAAAUUGCCUAGAAGGUUCUCUGCUUUGUAGAGAAUGUAACACUUCUAAGGUUUUGGAAAGGUCGUUUGGGCAUGUGGCAUAUCUCAAGAUUCCAUUUCCUACUGCAAUAGUAUCUUUGAAAUGUUUUUACCUCACAGUUAAUGCAUAGCAUCACUGUGGCCUUUACCCUUUCCCAGAGUACUUGCAAGUGUUUUUAAGUUUUAGCUGCUAGCUGUCUUUGUUAAGUAAAAAUUGUCUGGAGAGAGGAUAUAGCCAGAGUGUGCAUGGAAUAACAUUCACCUUGACACACUUGUACAGAAAGAGAAUCUUGCAUUUUUUUUCUAAACAUGCUUUAAUGAAGAUAUAUUAUGACAUCGUAAAUAAAGGUAAAGGUAGGUCACUGAGGGCAAAACUUUCCAAGCUUUGUAUAAAUUAAGAUUAUAUGUGUAAUGAAUUAGAUUUAAAACAUUUAAUAGGAAACUGUAGAGAUAAAUAUCUUCAGGGAUUUCAAAAUACAUACAAAAUUAGAUCUUACACAAAACUUGUGAGAAGGCUGUGUAAUACCUAUAUGUGCCAUUAAUUCAUGCUAAAGGAUUUUAUAUUACUAUUUCAGAAGUGCAUUGGCUGUGAUAUUUUAAGUAUUUGAAUAAAACUGCUUAUAUGAGACAGUUUUCGUAUCACUUACAGUUUGACUAUAGUAUUCAGAACAGGGAUACUAAUACUAUAACUCAAAUAUAUAUAUAUUUUUACAGUGGUGGGAGAAACCUUGGGAAAGUUUAGUCUAAAUUCAUGAUCCAUCCUGUAUCCUAGACCUUCACGUUUUUCUCAUUUAUAUGCAUAUGUACACUUCUGUAUGCACACAAACACAGGCUCAGGUUAGUUUUCUGCUUUCAGAUGUUUUUAUGACAAUAAAAGCAUUUUCUUGGAUUUUUUUUAAGAGAGAAAUGUUUUUAUUUUUACUUUUUAUUUGGGCAAAACUGUCAGAGGAGGAGAAAAACAAAAGCAUUUUUAAUUGGCAACACUUUAAGCUAUAAUAGCAUUGAUAUACUCUUGUUUCCAUGUUAGUUGUAAUUGAAUCUGGAUAGCCACAUUAAUGGAAUUGGUGCUACUAAAAUAUAGACCUUUUUCUUUUAUUGACAAUGCAGGGUGAGGAAUUUAGAAUUUUUAUAAUUCAUAAAUGUUAUCUCUCUAGAAAACAAUUAAAUGAAGUUAGUCUUUUACUGCAGACUGAAUAAAACACCAAACAAAAGUAUGGUUUUAGCAUGGUGCAGAUUGUAAAGAUGCAGAGUCCGGUUAAAUGGCACUGUAUUUUAAAGCUAACCGCAUGGUCCUCGGCACGGGCCUUGCGGUGUCCGGGGACUCCGGUGUCCGUGUCUGUUCUAAAGCUCUGCCACAUGUUUCUGUAAGUCCCUGUGCAGUGGGCAGCCUGUCCUGCAAGUGGAGGAAAGUGAUCUGAAGUAGGAGGAAAGAGUUCUCAGCUCCAGGAGAAAGACCUCUCAGAAUGCCUCUUAGGCAGUUAACUGAAAUUCCUUCCUCUUCCUCUUGAGUGGACUCUUACUUUCAAGCUGCAGCCAUUAGCAAGGAGGCUUGUGCAGGAAGACUAAUAGGAAGUUCCCCAACAGUGUGCACUUAGUUCUCUUCCAAGAGUUCCGUGUCUCGCUUGUCAUUUGCUGCUGUGUCCAGGCGUCCAUCUCAAGGGGAGAAUCUCUGUGAUUUCAUCCCUUACGAUGUUCUUGGAGAUUAUGCUGUGCUUGGUGUGCUCAGAUAGAAGGAUAGCUUGGAACCAUCCACUUAUGGAAGUCAUCCUGAAUCUGGCUGGAAACACCCAGUAAAUAAAAAGCUUUGUGUAAUAAGCAGGGCUUGAAAAUGCAGGAACAACAUGCAUGUUUCAAUAUAUUAAAGCUGGUUUUAGCUAAGGUAUACUUUGCCUUACAUCAAAGUAAGAAUUUUGUUGCCAAUUUCAUUUUUAAUGGAUUCCUAGUAAAAUUUGUUUCUUAGCACUAAUAUAUUUUCCACACCGCCAAGAGAUUGGUAUUUCUUGAAUACAUUUUUAAAAUUUGUUUGUGCAGUAUAUUACUAAAUCAAUUGAUCUUUUGCUUUCAAAUUCAGAACGAAAUCAUUGCCUAGAUCAGUAGAAGAGCAAGGGGUGAGUCCCCCCUGUUGCACCCUGGAGCCUUUUUAGUUCUCACGGCCAGCCCAGCUUCUCUUAGCCCAGAUUCCUUUGUAGAAUGUAAAGGUUAGCAUAUGCUUGCCAUCAGUGUUCUCUGUGGCGUUCUGUAGGGGUUCGUACUAGGCGGGCAGUUAAGUGCACGUUCUUAGCACAGUUCAAAGCUAGAGCAAAUGUUAAGGGAAUGCUUGUGUCUCGUAGACUGAGAGGCCUUUCACAGCAGCCGAGGCGGCAGGUAGCUGAGCUUCACAGAGCCUGAAGACUGUUGUCUCAGAGUGGACAACAGCUUAACAGCCUCUGAAUAUUAUUUAAGCAAUUUUGAGGCUUUCUGGUUUACAUAUAUGUCAUAGUGUUCUCUUUUUUCUUAUUUUGAAAUGUUUAAGUUUUGAUUAAAGUUUACUCCAGUGUGUUAAUGAUGUAGACAAAUAUUUAUUGAAAGGCAAAAUAGAAUAUUUUAAUGUUAUACCUGCCAUUUUUCAAGAACAUUCUUUACAUCUAACUGCCAGUGCCAUUGUCAAACUUGUUUUCAAACUUGUACUUUUUUAAUUGAGCAAAGUGCUUAAUUUUAAAGUAUUAUGUUGCCAUCAUAUAGUGUAUAAAAUGUAUAAUUGCCAAUUCAUUAUCACUAUUAUUUAUUUUUAAACAAAAGUAUAAAAAUACAUUUUGAUUAAAGAAAUUUGUUAUUAAAUUGUUUCCUCUUUUCUGAUGUAGCAUAAAAACCUUCAGAGUUUAACUGCCAGUAGGUGGCCAGCCACAAGGGAAAUACUUCUCAGUUGCCAGUCUUUGUUCACAGUAGAAACAACUUACAAACCUUUUCAUUUUUUUAAUCUAAUCUCUGACUAUUAAAAUGUUUAUAAAGUUUAUUUUUACCAAAGAGAUGCAAUUCAUUAUGAUAAAGUUGCAAAAUAAAUGUCAUUUUAUAACA